AGCGGGCACAGUUCUCCCAGCUUUCUUCAUCCCCACUGGUAUCGGACUCUACGUCAGGUCUAACAACAUCAAGGAGUUUGAAGAUUGAUUAUACUGGGACUGAGAAGUCCAGCCCAUGCCUCGACUGCUCUCAGAGCUUUAGUUGGAACAGCACAAGACAAUGCACCUGUGCAUUGCCCUUCUCUCUGGAACAGCCUUUUGAAAGCAAUGUCUUCAUGUAUUAUGGCCUGUCCAACUUCUACCAAAAUCACCAGCGCAAUGUCAAGUCCAGGGAUGAUGGCCAACUGAAUGGCGACCCCCACCUCUCUAAUGACACUUUGGAGCUGUAUUACAUUGACCCUAAUGGCACAAGAAUCCAAAUUCCUCUGAAGGGCAUCGCUUGGUCGACAGACAAGCAUGUGAAGUUCAGGAACCCAGGAGGCAACCCCAACCUCACAAGUGCUUUCCAAGGAACAACCAAGCCGAUCAACUGGCGUAAGCCUGUCUAUGAGCUGGACACAGACACUGAAAAUAAUGGCUUCAUCAAUGAGGACUUUGUGUGGAUGCGCACAGCUGCCCUCCCCAUCUUCUGUAAGCUGUACCGUAUUAUCCAGAAGAACAACAACGUGAUGCCGACUCUUCCCCAGGGCAACUACACCCUGGACGUCACCUACAACUAUCCUGUUUGUAGCUUUGAGGGGCGGAAGCGUGUAAUCCUGAACACCGUCUCCUGGAUGGGGGUCAAGAACCCUUUCCUGGGCAUCGCCUACAUCACUGUGGGCUCCAUCUGCUUCUUCCUGGGGGUGGUCCUCCUCAUCCACCAAUAUGGCAACCACAACCACAGCGCUGAUAUCCCUAACUAAAGAUGUCCUAUAUGUAUGUUGCAUGCUGGCUAGCAGAGGAAGCGAACAUAACCAGUGGCUAAUUACAAGCUCUGGUGGUACCCUUGUGCCUGGCUUGUGUACUGUAUGUAAGAAUGGCCUUCUUGUUAAAAGUGCUGUGCAAGUAUUGGAUGAGUAAAGAUGUCAGGGGAAAGUUGCGAUAAAGUGGAAAUUCUCUCGUAUUUAUUUUUCAUGUUCAGAAAGCUAUGCAGUUAUGUACUGUAGGCAGUUUUGCUGUCAAGUCGUUGUUGUGGCAGUAAGUUGAAAUUGAAUGACGCUACAUCAACGUGAAAAUUCUAUUGCAGAUCGGUUUUAAUGCAGAAAUAUGUGUAUGUCAGUCAUAGAUGUUUACUUCUAAAUGAAUAAAUUAUUUAAGAGUAUUUGAAUACAGUCACGCAAAUCUGAACUGUUUGUUAGGCUAGAAUUGCUUCAAGUUAAGACUAUAGACUUUUGGUUUUCAUACAAGUAUGUUGUGUGUUACUGUACAGUAGUUUGAGGCACAUUUUUCUGGUCUUUUUAACACUGCAGAUAGGGGUCUAUAGAUUGUACAAGGAUGUGCACUCAUUUUCAGGUCAAGUGUUAUGGAUUGCUGCGUUGUAUGUACUUCCAGUCUCAGUAUAUACAGUAAUGCUGUUUAGCUGCCUGGAAUAUGCAGCGCCUGAGUCAAGUUUAUUUAAUAUUACACAACCUUGAAAAUGACAUUCUUUUUCAGGUACCAAAGCUCUAUUCAUGUACAGUAGCCUGGGUGCCAGUCUCUCUGCUCUUGCCAACUCCUUAUGGAAUUGUCAUGCCAAACAUGCUUGGCAAUGGAGUAGGGAAGGGCACAAACAGAUCUGGGACCAGGUUAGUGUUCAUGUUAGUCUAUGGAAAAACCUCCAUAUUCAUUUUCUUACUAAGACUGCUGCAAAUUGAAAUGUUUUGCACUUUAGAGUUGCCAUGGAUUUAUUACCUGGAGAUUCUAUGUCUGUUGCUUGACAAAUAAAAUGU